AUGGAAGCCCAGAUCGGGCAGAUGGAUCGUAUCUACGGCAACGCUGUGGUGACAAUAGUCGCGGCGACCAGCAAGGCCUUGCACACUGGCAUCCACGGUGUCACAGCCCAGAGAUGUGUUGGCCAGUUAGCUGGGCAGGUGUGCAGUGCUCCGGUCGUGAACGUCCUCGUCCCCAUCCAGUCCGACACCAACCUAGAUCCAUGGGAGGGGCGAGCAUGGACUUUCCAAGAGAAACCCCUGUCCAAGAGACUUCUGCUGUUUCAUGGAGGCAUGGUGGACUUCCACUGCCGCUGCGGCGUCAUGCGCGAGGACAUGACUGCGCGAGACGCCGGUCUCGUGCCGCCUGUGAUUGGGUGGCUAUCGCUCGCAAGCCAUGAGAUCCUGUCCUCCUUGAAACUCCGGAACUACGAGGGAGAGCCGCCGCGCUUGCUGCGAUCCCCAGUGUUCGCCGAAUAUGCCGCGCUCAUCGAGCAGUACACUCCGCGGAGGCUGUCUAAUGCGUCGGAUGCCGUCCGUGCCAUUCUCUCCCUGCUGAAGAUACUCAUACAGAGCGACCGAGGGGGGGCUACAAUGUUCCACGGGCUCGUCGAGGAGUUCUUUGACCAGGCCCUGCACUGGCAGCCAGCCGCCGGAGAAAACGGCUGGGUAUUGCUUUUGAGGCGAGGGCAGACCUGGAACGCUGGAUCAAGUUUCUCGAUCGAGGAGGCACUGACCAGAGCGAACCGAAAUUGUCUGUCCUUCAACUCUCCACCAUUAUGGAAGGUGGUUGCCUCGUAUUCAAGACCAGGAGUGCCCAAUUCCGCCUUGGAGACCCGGUUGCGCAUUGAGACCUUGUGGCGGCGGACAGGCGCCACCUCGGACGUAUCGAGCAAACUCGUAUCCCAUAAAACACAGCACAUAUACGAGACGGCACUCCUGAACAAGAAUCGUCUGGAAGUGGGUCGAGUCGUCCUGCCUGAUCCAGUCGUACAUCAGCCGUCAGAUAAUCUGUACGACUUUAUCAUGCUGUCUGAGGCUCAGUACCAUGGGGACGAAGUUAAUGUUGAUGUGGGAGACCACCAUCUGCUUAAUAUUAUGAUGAUCGAGUAG